AUGGAAAACGACGAGGACAAGCAGAAGAAGCUGAACGAAGAUGUAGUAGGUUUUAUGCGCAAGCGCAGUGAAACUGAACCACGCUAUGCGGCUCGGUUGCUAGCCUACGUUGAUCUCCACAGGAAGCGUAGUCGUGCAGCCGCUGCCAAACUACGCUCCGAGACUGGGUACGAGAGGAAAAUAUCGGCCAAUAGAAAAAAAGCGGAGAUCAAACAGAAAGAGAAAAAUGCAGAAAACUCCCAUCAGAGGUAUGAUCUCCUGCAGCUGAUCAUGAUGGGCAAAGUUGCGGGAAAGAGAAAGGUCGGAGGAAGGAAGAAGUCGUGGUUGCGAAACAUCCGAGAGUGGACCGGGAUAGCGAGCGCUGCUGAGCUGUUCCGCCGAGCUAAAGACAAAAAGGACCUGAACAUGCUAAUCGCUAACCUUCACGAGUUGGAGAGGCACCUUUAG